AUUGGCGCGGAGGGAGUAGGGCAGGCGCUGUGGGAGGGAACUCCAGAGCGAGGCAGUGAGGCGAGCUGGUCCUGUGAGGGUACGCAGCUGCCUUUCAGGUGUGACUGGUAGCGACUGCGGAAAGCGAAGGAGCGAGUGCAAUCCCCUGAGCUUUCUGAGAGCGAUAAUCAUGGACCGCCCGGAUGAAGGUCCUCCUGCCAAGACCCGCCGCCUGAGCACUUCUGAGCCCUCUCAGUAUCAUCAGCCGCCGCCGCCGCCGCCGCUCCUGCGAUUGCCCCUGCCUCCACCCCAGCAACGUCCGAGGCUCCGGGAGGAAACCGAGGCGGCACAGGUGCUGGCUGACAUGAGGGGGGUGGGACUGGGCCCGGCGCUGCCCCCACCUCCACCCUAUGUCAUUCUCGAGGAGGGAGGGAUCCGCGCAUACUUCACCUUGGGUGCAGGGGGGCCCGGCUGGGAUCCCGCCAUUGAUUCGGGGUAUGGGUACGGGGAGGUGCCCCUUCCCACAGGGAGCCUGGAAACACUCCCCUCCGAAAUCUCUGGGGAAAGCCUGGAAAUUGACAUUCAGGUUUCAGAGGCCAGCAGUCUUGCUGAAGAGAAGGCCCUAGAAACCUGUAGCUCAGAGGUGUGGGGCCCCCAGAUAUUAGUGGGUCCAAAGAGGCAUGAAGAGGCUGUCAUCAUAGUGGAAGAUGAUGAUGAGGAUGAAAAGGAAAGUGUGAGGAGGAGGCGGAGACGGAGGAGGAGGAAGCAGAGGAAGGUGAAGAAGGAAAGCAAAGAAAGAAAUGCUGAGAGGAUGGAAAGUAUCCUGCAGGCGCUGGAGAGCAUUCAGAUGGACCUGGAAGCCGUCAACAUCAAAGCAGGCAAGGCCUUCCUGCGUCUCAAGCGCAAGUUCAUCCAGAUGCGACGUCCCUUCCUGGAGCGCAGAGAUCUCAUCAUCCAGCAUAUCCCAGGCUUCUGGGUCAAAGCAUUCCUCAACCACCCCAGAAUUUCAGUUUUGAUCAGCCAACGUGAUGAAGACAUUUUCCGCUACUUGACCAAUCUUCAGGUACAGGAUCUCAGACAUAUCUCCAUGGGCUACAAAAUGAAGCUAUACUUCCGGACAAAUCCUUACUUCACAAACACAGUGAUUGUCAAGGAGUUCCAAUGCAGCCGCUCAGGCCGGCUAGUAUCUCACUCCACUCCAAUCCGCUGGCAUCGGGGCCAGGAACCCCAGGCACAGGGUCGCAGGAACCAGGACGCCAACCAUAGCUUCUUUAGCUGGUUCUCAAACCACAGCGUUCCAGAAGCUGACAGGAUUGCUGAGAUUAUCAAGAAUGAUUUGUGGGUUAACCCUCUACGCUACUACAUGAGAGAUGGGGACAUCAGGGGAAACGGAAAGAAGCAAGAAGAGAAAGAAAGUAAAGCCAAGGAGGAAUAUGAGAUGGUAAUCAUGGAAGAUGCUUAUGACCAUUAUGCCAUGGAAGACAUUCUCAGCGAGAUCUCAGACAUUGACGAGUCUACUGACAAUGAGACCAUUCAUGACAUCAAGAUCUCUGACUUCAUGGAUACCACUGACUACUUCGAGACCACUGACAAUGAGAUAACUGACAUCAAUGAGAGCCUGUGUGACAGCGAGAGCCCUGACUACAAUGAGAGCCUCAGCAACACGAUCACUAUCAGUGACAGUACUGAUGACAUUGAGACCACUGACGAGAGUGUUGAUGACAAUGAGAACCCAGAAGACAAGAAUACCUAUGACAUUGAGUAUCCCAACAAUAAUCCUGACAGUGACAACAAUAGCCUGGGAGACAUUAACCAGGGCAGCAGUGGUAAUAACCAAGAUAGCAUGGAGAGUGACAUUGGAGAUGAGAGCAGUGAUGAAGAUGAUGGUAGUGAAGGUGACAAUGAGAGCAGUUAUGAUGAUGGCAAUGAGGGUGACAAUGAGGGAAGCGAUGAUGAUGAUGAUGAUGACGAUGACAGAGACAUUGAAUACUAUAAGAAUGACAUGGUAGUCUUUGACAAGGAUCAAGAUAAUAGCACCUACCAGGAAAGCUAUGACGAUGAGAUAGAGAUCAUCUCUGAUGAACCAAUGGAGGAAGAGGAAGACGAGGACAGCUACCAGGAGGAGGAAAGUGAAAUGGACUCAGAAGACAUUGACAUGGAGCAAGUGCUUCACGUUCCAAAUGCUUGGCCCAACAUGAAGAAGAUGGGGAAAACUGGAUAAACAUCUACUCUUUCCCAGGCAUCUCCUCUCAGUAUCCCUCUUACCCCCCCUGCCCUGUUUGCCCUUCCCCUCAGCCCCCUCCCCCCCAAAUUGUACUCCUGGGGUGUAACUGACUUCGCACACGGGUUUAAAGUUUAUUUUUAUGGUUUAGUAAUCGAAGAGUUCUCAUUUUGGGGGUGGAGAUAUUCCCUGUAUUUGGCCCUCUUUCCCCACAGGCUUCUGUGUGCUGCUAUUUAUUGUGAUGCCUUGGUCAGGGACCCUUUAGCCCUCUUCUCUUUGGUGUUGGCCCCAGCCCCUUCCCCCAUGCUAUAAUGAGUGGACACCCUGAUCCUGAAGUGGGCAGGGCUGUUGUGGCCUUCGUUGUAACCUCGCAGUGGCCUUGGAGGCUCUGCCUCCAUCCUGUUUGCCCAAAUUUUCCCCUUCCACAUUCCUCUCUUACGGCCUUGCCUGCUAGCUCGCCAGGCUUUGAUGUCAACACUAGGCUGCUUAGCCUUUGCUGUAUUCCUGACCCCCUCCCACAAAAGUCCCGCCUCUCCCUGUGAAUUUUCAUGACCCUAAUAAAACUGAGCAAAUUCA